AGUGAUAAUCUCAGCAUCCCUCCCGAGUCCCGAACAUACCCCAAACGAGUCUAUUACUCCUCUACAGCUCUCUACUCAAACCACGGUUGGCGGCUGAGAAAGAGUGCACUCCAAUGGCGGACAAUGGUGAAAGCACUCCAAUGGAGGGCGACCAUGCUCAAAUGGUGACUCCAUGGGAGGUAUCUGGCAAAGAAGGCGGCAAAAUCGACUACGAUAAGCUGAUCGAUCAAUUCGGCUGCCAACGAAUUGAUUCCGCUCUCAUCGAACGCGUCGAACGUCUAACUGGCCGCCCUGCUCACAUCUUCCUCCGUCGCGGCGUCUUCUUCGCUCACCGUGAUUUGACUGCGAUACUUGAUGCGUACGAAAGAGGUGAGAAGUUUUACUUGUAUACUGGAAGAGGUCCUUCCUCUGAAGCUCUGCAUUUGGGGCAUUUGGUUCCUUUCACGUUCACUAAGUAUCUGCAGGAUGCUUUUAAGGUGCCAUUGGUGAUUCAGUUAACGGAUGAUGAGAAGUGCAUGUGGAAGGACCUCUCUGUGGAGGAGAGCGUUAGACUUGCACGUGAGAAUGCGAAGGAUAUUAUUGCCUGUGGAUUUGACGUGUCGAGAACCUUCAUUUUUACUGACUUCAACUUUGUUGGCGGUAAAUUCUACAAGAAUAUGAUCAAAAUUGCCAAGUGUGUCACACUCAACAAGGUUUUUGGUAUAUUUGGUUUUAAUAAUGAAGACCACAUUGGCAAAGUAUUUUUUCCUACUAUUGAGGCAGCCCCUGCCUUUUCCAGCUCAUUUCCUCACUUAUUUGAUGGCCAAGAUAAUAUUCGGUGUUUGAUUCCUUGUGCAAUUGAUCAGGAUCCUUUCUUCAGAAUGGCAAGAGAUGUUGCUCCACGGAUAGGAUAUCAAAAACCUGCUUUGAUCGAGUCUUCCUUCUUUCCUGCACUUCAGGGCGAGUCUGGGAAAAUGAGUGCAAGUGACCCUAAUUCCGCAAUAUAUGUGACUGAUUCUGCAAAGAACAUCAAGGACAAGGUGAAUCGAUAUGCCUUUUCUGGUGGACAAGAUUCUAUUGAAAAUCACCGAAAGUAUGGAGCUAAUCUAGAGGUAGACAUACCUGUCAAGUAUCUUGGCUUUUUCUUGGAUGAUGAUGCUGAGCUUGAGCACAUAAAAACAGAAUAUGGUGCUGGAAGGCUGCUGACAGGUGAGGUAAAGAAGCGGCUCAUUGACGUUUUGACAGAGAUGGUUGAAAGACAUCAACGAGUUCGGUCUGCAGUAACUGACGAGAUGGUGGAUGCUUUCAUGGCUGUGAGGCCUCUCCCUCACAUGUUUGACUGAUGGGAGCAAAAUUACUCACUUGAUAUAGAAUUUGGACGUACUUUAAGGCAAAACCAAGAUAUUAUUGAUGAUCUGAAACUUAAUUGAUAUUACCAACUUUUUUGACUGGGUGUUUGUUGACAGUCAAAUAGUUUUUGACCCGUGCAAUGUACAUUAUUUAUUUAUUUGUUGUGAUGUAUCCUGGUAAUAUUUUUGAUAUGAUAUGUUAAGAGAAGCAACUGGGCCAUGUAAUGUGUGGUAUCAUGAAUUCAAGAUACUGGUGUUGGUGCGCA